AUGUGCUUUGACUAUAGAAGUCUCUCCGGUACUUCACAGCCCGUUCCGAGGAGUUUACUGCUGAAGAAAGCGUCGUUUCGUUUCGACGAAGGAUUCGGCCAACAUAAAAUAUCCGAGGCAUGGUCUGUGGCUUUCGCUCCUGACGACUCGUUCGUUGCUUGGAGCUGUGGUAGCCGCUACAUCGCCGUGGUUCCAUGGAGAAGAGCCGAGAAGGAAUGGGUUUUCAGUCGUAAAGUGCCUUCAUUUUUGACCGGUCAGAAGUUAAUCGAUGUCGGCUAUGCCACGUGGUCAGUGGCCAUCGGGUACGCAGCCUCCGCUGAAGGACUGUUGCCCAUCGGCAUACGUCGACGACGAAGGGACCGCUGCCAAAGCGGUAAUAUGAUUUUGGCAGCUGGCCUGGAAAACGGCAACAUUCGAAUCUACAACGUUUCUUCGGGGGAGCUGCUCAUAGAGUUGCUCGACCACAGCGAUUCGAUUAGAGGACUGAGCUUUUCACCUGGUAACUGCUCGAUCUUGUUAUCGUGCUCUCGAGACUCGACGCUGAAACUCUGGGACAUGGCCGACCAGGGAAAUAUGUUUCAAACAUUAAAAGGUCACGUGCAACACACGGAGGUGUUAUGUUGUGCAUGGUCGCAUAGCGGCAAGUACAUUGCCAGCGGAGGCACCGACAAGCAGCUGAUCAUCUGGACAGACGAAAACUGGACAUCAACAACUCGUCUUAAUGGACACCAGCACUGGGUGACCGGCUGCGAGUUUUCUGCCGACGAUGGUUUUUUGGCUUCCUGUUCAUAUGAUACGUCACUUGUGCUGUGGGAUUACGUUUCAGGCGAGCAGCUAGUCGUGUUUUGGCACGAGGUGCCGAGGCCAAGAACCAUAUUUGGCUAUAGUGUAAAUGAUCAUUACGUAAAACAGUGUUCGACUUCACCGGAUUGUGAACAUGUCGCGACCGUUUGUGAUGACAGGUUGCUCAGAGUUUGGAAUACUUACUGCCCUGAAGAACCGGUCAUUUCCUUGGAGGUGGAAAACGCGGUUAGCGUUUCCUUUUCCAACGAUGGUUUGUUUUUAGCCGUUUGAAAACGUCGUGUCCUCAUGGGAGAUAAAGCGAUCAUUAGCGAAAUUCUUGAAGUAACUCAUCUUAGCGAUAGUUACGGCAAGUUUCUGCACGAGAAACAUGAUGACGAAUAUUCACGAUUGAGAAGCACAGUUGGACACCCGAUUAGGUAUCGUUCAUUAGACGAGGGCGAAGAAGAUAAAACGGUCAAAGAUGACGAAGAGGAGAAAAGAUGCGAAACCGUUGAUGAAAUUAUAAAUCAGCUCGGCUUUGGCAUGUUCCAAGUCAAGUUGUCGCUGCUGACCGGCAUUCUUUGGGUAAUUAAGUCUUUUAUUUGA